AACCUGCUAUUCUGUUUUGUUUAUUUCAUUUCUGUGUGUCACUUGUCGGUAUACCUUUAACAUCCUUUUGAUUUAAAUAUACCUAAAGUUUUAAUCUGACGACCUUUUUGUAUCCUUCACACAUAUUGCAUAUUUGCAAGAAUAAAAAAUGGAUUCGAUUAUGGCUCAGAGGACAUGGGAAAUGUCCAAUAAUAUAGAGACUGUGCAAAGUAUAGAUGAUAUUUACUGCUAUGAUAAAAAGACGCAGCAAGAUAUUUUAACUGCUAAACCUUGGGAUAGAGACCCUCACUUUUUCAAAGAUAUCAAAAUAUCUGCCCUGGCACUUUUGAAAAUGGUGAUGCAUGCUCGUUCAGGAGGUACUCUGGAAGUGAUGGGAAUGCUCAUUGGCAAAGUAGAUGUUACUACUAUGAUUGUAAUGGACUCUUUUGCCUUGCCUGUUGAAGGUACAGAAACCAGAGUUAAUGCUCAAGCUCAAGCUUAUGAAUAUAUGGCUGCUUACACUGAGAGUGCUAAGCAAGUAGGAAGACUUGAAAAUGUUAUUGGAUGGUAUCAUAGUCAUCCUGGUUAUGGCUGCUGGCUGUCAGGUAUUGAUGUGAGCACCCAGAUGCUAAACCAACAGUUUCAAGAACCAUUUGUUGCUAUUGUAAUUGAUCCAGUGCGAACAAUUUCAGCUGGCAAAGUAAACCUAGGUGCCUUCAGGACAUAUCCUAAAGGUUACAAACCACCUGAUGAAGGUCCAUCUGAAUACCAAACCAUUCCUUUGAAUAAAAUUGAGGAUUUUGGAGUCCAUUGCAAGCAGUAUUAUUCUCUUGAUGUUUCCUACUUCAAAUCCAAAUUAGACAGAAGAUUGCUUGACUCAUUAUGGAACAAAUACUGGGUGAACACCUUGAGUUCUUCUAGUCUUCUUACAAAUGCUGAUUACACAACAGGACAAGUUUUUGAUCUGUCUGACAAACUAGAGCAGUCAGAAAAUCAGUUGGGUCGUUGUGGCUUUGUCCUGGGAAUGGAUCCUCAUGAGAAGAAAAGUGAGGACAAGCUUGCCAAAGCUACAAAGGACAGCUGCAAAAUAACCAUUGAAGUGAUUCAUGGCCUCAUGUCGCAAAUAAUUAAAGACCGGUUAUUCAAUCAAGUCAAUAAAAAACUUUAGCAUGUGA